GGUGCAGGUUGAGUCAUGUGUGCUUUUGUUUUGGUGACAGCGGGAUGGGACCUGGGAGAGUGCACAAAGAUCCACGACCUCGCACUCCGGGCAGAUUAUGAAAUUGCUUCCAAGAACCGAGAUCUGUUCUUUGAGCUUGACGCGGUGGAUCACCUGGAGUCAUUCAUUGCUGACUGCGACCGGAGGACCGAGUUGGCCAAGAAGCGCUUGGCUGAGACCCAAGAAGAGAUCAGUGCUGAGGUGGCAGCAAAGGCAGAGAAGGUUCAUGAACUGAACGAGGAAAUCGGGAAGCUUCUGGCCAAGGCCGAGCAGCUUGGAGCGGAGGGCAACGUCGACGAGGCCCAGAAGGUCCUGCAGGAGGUGGAGAAGGUCCGCACUAGGAAGAAGGAUGCAGAGGAGGAGUACAGAAACUCCAUGCCGGCUUCCAGCUUCCAGCAGCAGAAGCUGCGGGUGUGCGAGGUGUGCUCCGCCUACCUCGGCCUCCAUGACAACGACCGCCGCUUGGCUGACCAUUUCGGUGGGAAGCUUCAUCUGGGCUUCAUCCAGAUCAGAGAGAAACUGGACCAACUCAAGAAAACUGUGGUCGACAAGCAAGAGAUAAGGAACCAGGAGCGCUUGAAGAGACGAGAAGAGCGGGAGAAAGAGGAAAAGAUGAAGAAGGAGACCAGAUCCCGGAGCAGAGAGCAUAAAAGAUCCCGCUCCCGUGACCGCAGGAGGAAGCGCUCGCCGUCGCGAGAGAAGCGGCGCUCGCCGUCGCGAGAGAAGCGGCGCUCGCCCUCCCGCUCCAGGGAGAGGGAGAGAGAAAGGGAGAGGAAGAGGAGGCACCGCAGCCGGUCCAGCUCUCGCACUAGAGGACACCGUCACAGCCAGGAGCAGAGCUCCAGACACAAGUCGUCCCGGGACCGAGAGCGCUCCUCCAGAGACCGGUCACGGGAGCGGGACAGGAGGGACGGUAUGAACGGCAGGUCAGAGUCCCGCCGGGCGGACGACAGGGACAUGGGGGACCUCUGAGGACGGAACUCCAUCCAUCACGACACACCGACGUCCUGCGGUCUCUCUCCCCCGUCUGUGCAUUUCUAAUAACCCGAUGACCCAUCUGUCCCCCGCCUGCCUAAUUUUCCCUUUUUCUAAGUUUAUGCAGCUGACCUAGUUUACACGGUGUUGGAUUGGGGGGGGCGCAUGGUGCCUGUCUGCAUCAAACACCAGUAUCAACGUUUCCAACUGAUGAAGCAAACAUUAACUGACAGUCUGCAAAGCAAAACGUGUGUAACUCCUCCAUAUUUUAUUUUUAACUGGUCUUUUGAUACUGAAUCUGUCUGAAUAUUGUAUCUAUGUUUUGGGCCGACUGAUUGUUGUAGUUAUAAAGAGCCUCGUCCUGUCAAUAAGUCUUUUUUUUUUUAGUCUCCGUAAAGAUUUCUUUUCACCAGCUCCUGGUGAAGUUCCCUAAAACCUCUCCACAUUUAGGGGUUUGUAUUAAGUUUGCUAAAGCCCACUUAGUUUUAGGAAUCCACUUGAAAACCAAAAGGUUAAAGUUGCGACGAAUAUUAAUGUUACCAACCUUGUUUUCAACCUUUGUUGUGCUGCCAUUAGUGAAGGGAAUCUAUUUGAGUUUAACCAGUGUCAGUAAAUACUUGUUUUGACUUGAGGGAAAGGCUCUUGUUUUAUAUCUUGAUUUCUCAUAUUUAAGAUCAAUUGUGACUUCAAAGUUCGUCGGCAUGUGAAGCAGUAGGUUGGUAAAUGAUUCAUGCUGUAACUGUACAUACCUUUUAAUUAGUCUUUAUGUUCCACCGAAUAGAUUAUAAUUGGACAGAUUUUAAUGGAUGCAUCGCUUUACCUAAUGUGUGGAGUCAAAUCUGUUUAUGUUCUGCUGGAAAUCUUUCUUUUAAAGUCUCAAUAAAAUUGAAAAAAAAAAUCCACA